AUGGGCUCGGUAGAAAAGUGUACAUGCGUUGAAGAUCCACACAACGUGGGAAUUCUCACGGAGGUCCUGCGUUACCAAAGCGCAUGUCAGUUGGCGCAGCAACUCGCAGAUCUCACAGCAGAGGAACUUCACUCCGAUCGCCACGAGAGUAAAGGUCUAAUGACGGCAGUUAUUUUUGAAGGACUCAAAGCCGCUGCAGUUGCCACUCCUCCUCCUCCACCUUCUACAAUUAAUACUAAUACUAAUACUAAAACUAUUAGUAAUAGUAAUACUAAUAGUAUGGGAAGAAACUGCACGUGGGAGGAGUCUACACGCACUUGGGUCCACCCGGUGUUGGAUGUCUAUCGUCGGGCGCGUGUGUACGAGGCGGGUAGCGAUAACGUCACAUCAGUUCAAACACUUGAGGGUGUUGUGCUUGCGAAAGGAUGUGUGUUAGGUGUACUACGCAGUGAGUCCACUAACAAAGAACAGGGACAAGAACAAGAAGAAGAAGAAACAAAACGUGAAGUUCCGUUGGAAACAUUGAAACUCGUUGAACCGAUAUCACUCUAUCAUGAUGCGUUAUUACCGGCGUUUGAGUGUAUUUCAGCACAUCGGGCCUCACGUAGUGCCGUGCAUUGGUUUCUUGAGAAACUCUGCGGUGCCCCAACCAAACUUCUCACGUCAUUUAAUCAGAAACGCCGACGUGCUUGGGCUCUCGCAGAUCGUCUGACAAUUCUUUUCUUCGAAGAACGCAGACGUUUAGCGAAGAUGAAGGAACGUCUGGUGCGAGAAUCCGCUGCGGGUAUUACCCUUAAAUAUAUUAAACUUGUUUCAGCUGAAGAGGAAGAAGAAGAAGAAAGGGAUGGUAUGAUGAUGCUAAAAAUACACAUUCAAGAUAAUACUGAGGAUAAAUGGUUUUACAAUGCCUGUAUGGGACAAAAUAAACCAACGAAUCUUUAUGAUAUUCACAUCACAUUGCAGAUACGUACGGAACAUGUGGAACGACUACGGAAGUUAGCGGCCUGUUGUGUGGAUGAACACUUUCGUAUGGCGUUAGCCCUUUUGUUGUUACGAUAUGCCGGUUUGAGUGGUGGAAAGUGGGAACAAGAAUCUGGAUGGCAUGCGGGAGUACCGUCAAGUGUGUUUGAUGUACUUGUUUCUACUUUUCAUGUUAGAGCCGAAUGUUUUGCGAGUCCGUUGAAUAGUACACUUCCACAGUACUUCUCUGCAUUCCCAGAUACCGAUUCAUUUUUUGGAUGUUGUGGUAACUUCUUUAAUUCGGAUGAAGUCUUACAAUUAGGGGAAUCCAAUCCAAAUGAAAAGACGGAAAAUAAAGGUAUACUCUCAUUAGAGGCAAACCCACCAUUUGAUCAUGAAGUGAUUGCCGCUGGAUUGAGACGUGCUUUGGAGUAUUUAGAGAAAAUACCUCCAACCAUACCACUUUCAUUUGUAUUCAUACUUCCAGAUUCUACACAAGCCAAUGGAAUAGCGGUACGUCAGGAGGCGGAGGAAAGUCGCUUCUUUCGUGGUGGUUGUGUACUCUCACCGCAGCAAUCUAUGUAUGUUCAUGGAGCUCGUCACAUUGUUCGCACUGCAGAUAACAGAAAUGGAAAGAGUUUAAAUGUUCACAAGCGUCGGCGCAGUCCAUCGCCUACGAACGAUGAACAUUUAGUGGCAUUAUCAUGUGCAACAAGAAUUUUGGUUUUACAGAAUGAUAAAGCGGCUACGAUGUUACCAGCAGAGGUGGGAUUAAAUAAAGUGCGAUCCGUUUGGGAAAGUCUCUCCUCUACUCGUGGUGUGCAAUGA